UCCCUGACUCACCCUCUCCUGCCCGCCCGGGAACUCUGCGGGAGUCCGGGUCGAUCCACUCCUGGAGAUCUAGCAGUUGGGCCCCAGACUUCCAUCCCUGAGCGGCAGAAUGAUUCCAGUGGCGGAGUUCAAGCAGUUCACAGAACAGCAGCCUGCGUUCAAAGUCCUCAAACCCUGGUGGGAUGUACUGGCUGAGUACCUCACUGUGGCGAUGCUCAUGAUCGGCGUGUUCGGAUGCACCCUGCAGGUGACACAGGACAAGAUCAUCUGCCUGCCCAGCCAUGAACUCCGGGAGAACUUAUCAGAGGCUCCUUGCCAGCAACUGUUGCCUCAGGGCGUCUCUGAGCAGAUAGGGGGCCUCCGGGAGCUCAGCGGCCUCAAAAACAACCUAGACCUCCAACAAUAUGGCUUUAUUAACCAGCUCUGCUAUGAGACAGCCCUGCACUGGUAUGCCAAGUACUUCCCCUACCUGGUGGUCAUUCACACCCUCAUCUUUAUGGUCUGUACCAGCUUUUGGUUCAAAUUCCCCGGCACCAGCUCCAAAAUCGAACACUUCAUCUCCAUCCUGGGCAAGUGUUUUGAUUCCCCAUGGACCACUCGGGCCUUGUCUGAGGUGUCUGGAGAGAACCACAAGGGCCCGGCUGCUGGACGGGUCGCGGUGCCCGCCGUCACUGCAACAGGAGCAGGGGCGGGAAAGGCAGGCGAAGGCGAAAAGGAGAAAGUGCUGGUAGAGCCGGAAAAGGUGGUGACUGAACCCCCGGCUGUCACCCUGCUGGACAAAAAGGAGGGCGAACAGGCAAAAGCCCUGUUUGAGAAGGUCAAGAAGUUCCGCGUGCACGUGGAGGAGGGCGACAUUCUCUACUCCAUGUACAUCCGGCAGACGGUGCUCAAAGUGUGUAAGUUUUUUGCCAUCCUGGUUUACAACCUGGUCUACGUGGAGAAGAUCAGCUUUCUGGUGGCCUGCAGGGUGGAGACCUCUGAGGUGACAGGGUAUGCCAGCUUUUGCUGCAACCACACCAAGGCCCACCUCUUCUCCAAGCUGGCUUUCUGCUACAUCUCCUUCGUGUGCGUCUACGGCAUCACCUGCCUGUAUACGCUCUACUGGCUCUUCCAUAGGCCCCUCAAGGAGUACUCCUUCCGCUCCGUGCGGGAGGAGACUGGCAUGAAUGACAUCCCGGAUGUCAAGAACGACUUUGCCUUCAUGCUCCACCUCAUCGACCAGUACGAUUCCCUCUAUUCUAAACGCUUUGCCGUCUUCCUCUCCGAAGUCAGCGAGAGCCGCCUUAAGCAACUCAACCUCAACCAUGAGUGGACACCUGAGAAACUGAGGCAGAAGCUGCAGCGCAACACCCGCGGCCGGCUGGAGCUAGCCCUCUGCAUGCUCCCGGGACUGCCCGAUACUGUCUUUGAGCUCAGUGAGGUGGAAGCGCUCAGGCUGGAGGCCAUCUGUGACAUCUCCUUCCCGCCAGGGCUCUCCCAGCUUGUGAACCUUCAGGAGCUCAGCUUGCUUCACUCGCCAGCCAGGCUUCCCUUCUCUUCACAGAUCUUCCUGCGGGAUCGCCUGAAGGUGAUCUGGGUCAAAUUUGAGGAGCUCAGAGAGGUGCCCCUCUGGGUGUUUGGGCUGCGUGGCUUGGAGGAACUACACUUAGAAGGGCUCUUUCCCCCAGAGAUGGCUCGGGCUGCCAACCUUGAGAGCCUCCGGGAGCUUAAGCAGCUCAAGGUACUGUCUCUACGUAGCAAUGCAGGGAAGGUGCCAGCCAGUGUGACCGACGUGGCCGGCCAUCUGCAGCGACUCAGCCUGCACAACGACGGGGCGCGUCUGCUUGCCCUCAACAGCCUCAAGAAGCUAGCGGUGCUACGGGAGUUGGAGCUGGUGGCCUGUGGGCUAGAACGCAUCCCCCAUGCAAUCUUCAGCCUCGGGGCCCUGCAGGAACUUGACCUCAAGGAUAACCACCUCCGGUCUAUCGAGGAGAUCCUCAGUUUCCAGCACUGUCGCAAACUGGUCACCCUUAGGUUGUGGCACAACCAGAUAGCCUAUGUCCCUGAGCACGUGAGGAAGCUCCGAGGCCUGGAACAACUCUACCUCAGUCACAACAAGCUGGAGACUCUGCCGACCCAGCUGGGCCAGUGCUUUGGCCUCCGCCUGCUGGAUGUGUCCCACAAUGGCCUUCGUUCCCUGCCACCUGAGCUGGGUCUCCUGCAGAGCCUCCAGCACCUGGUCCUCUCCUACAAUGCCCUCGAGGGCCUGCCUGAUGAACUGUUCUUCUGUCACAAGCUGCGGACGUUGCUCUUAGGCUACAAUCACCUCACUCAGCUCUCGCCCCACGUGGCCUCCCUCCACGCCCUUAGCCGCCUCGAGCUCAAGGGCAACCGGUUGGAGGCACUGCCAGAAGAACUUGGGGACUGUAAGGGGCUGAAGAAGUCGGGGCUGCUGGUGGAGGACACCCUUUAUGAGGGGCUGCCCGCAGAGGUGCGGGAGAAGAUGGAGGAGGAAUGACACCCGGUGAGGGAAGGAGCGUGUUGACUCAGAGGCCUUUAGAUGUUUCUGCUCCAGCAUUGUCUUCCAAGGGAGACAUCCAAUAGGCCCAGCAGCAGGAGAAAGAAGAAGACCAGAUACAUUGGUUUUGUGCAGCUCAGACAUGAUUCUAAGACUGGUUUGUCUUGGGGGGAGAAGCAGGAGGUGGUGGAUUUGGGGUGUAACUCCAUAGGGAAGGAUUAACUCAGUCUUAGAAUGUUGAGCCCAAACCACACCUGUGUCUGUGGCUGGCUGGCUAUCCUUCUUUUGUACAUUCCAGCUUAAUUAGUGUCCUUUU